GCCCGCGCACUUGGCAGGAGCUGCAGCUGCCGCCGCCCGCGCCUCCGAGGUCUCACCGCCUGCUCUGCAGAGACCCGGGCUCCGCCGCCAUGUCCGCCGCGGACGAGGUUGACGGGCUGGGCGUGGUCCGGCCGCACUAUGGCUCUGUCCUGGAUAAUGAGAGACUUACUGCAGAGGAGAUGGAUGAAAGGAGACGUCAGAAUGUGGCUUAUGAGUACCUUUGCCAUUUGGAAGAAGCAAAGAGGUGGAUGGAAGCAUGCCUGGGGGAAGAUCUGCCUCCCACCACAGAACUGGAGGAGGGACUUAGGAAUGGGGUCUACCUUGCCAAACUAGGAAACUUCUUCUCUCCCAAAGUGGUGUCCCUGAAAAAAAUCUACGAUCGAGAGCAGACCAGAUACAAGGCAACGGGCCUCCACUUCAGACACACUGAUAACGUGAUUCAGUGGUUGAAUGCCAUGGAUGACAUUGGAUUGCCUAAGAUUUUUUACCCAGAAACUACAGAUAUCUAUGAUCGAAAGAACAUGCCAAGAUGUAUCUACUGUAUCCAUGCACUCAGUUUGUACCUGUUCAAACUAGGCCUAGCUCCUCAGAUUCAAGACCUGUAUGGAAAGGUUGACUUCACAGAAGAAGAAAUCAACAACAUGAAGAUUGAGCUGGAGAAGUACGGGAUCCAGAUGCCUGCCUUCAGCAAGAUUGGGGGCAUCCUGGCUAAUGAACUCUCGGUGGAUGAAGCUGCAUUACAUGCUGCUGUUAUUGCUAUCAAUGAAGCUAUUGACCGUAGAAUUCCAGCUGACACGUUUACGGCUCUGAAAAAUCCUAACGCCAUGCUUGUAAAUCUUGAUGAGCCCUUGGCAUCCACAUACCAGGAUGUACUUUACCGGGCCAAGCAGGACAAAAUGGCAAAUGCUAAAAACAGGACAGAAAACGCUGAGAGGGAAAGGGAUGUUUAUGAGGAGCUGCUCACUCAAGCUGAAAUUCAAGGCAAUGUAAACAAAGUCAAUACAAUUUCUGCGUUAGCCAAUAUCGACCUGGCUUUGGAGCAGGGAGCUGCACCGGCCUUGUUCAAGGCUCUGCAGUCACCAGCUCUGGGUCUUCGAGGACUGCAGCAACCGAACAGUGAUUGGUACUUGAAGCAGCUCCUGAGUGACAAACAGCAGAAGAGACAGAGUGGCCAGGCUGACCCCCUGCAGAAGGAGGAGCUGCAGUCUGGAGUGGACGCUGCAAACAGUGCUGCCCAGCAGUACCAGCGAAGAUUGGCAGCAGUGGCAGCGAUCAAUGCCGCGAUCCAGAAGGGUGUUGCCGAGAAGACUGUUCUGGAGCUGAUGAACCCCGAAGCUCAGCUGCCCCAGGUGUACCCGUUUGCCGCCGAUCUCUACCAGAAGGAGCUGGCGACUCUGCAGCAGCAGAGUCCCCAGCAUAACCUCACCCAUCCGGAGCUCUCUGUCGCAGUGGAGAUGCUGUCGUCGGUGGCCCUAAUCAACAGGGCGUUGGAAUCGGGAGACGUGAAUACAGUGUGGAAGCAGCUGAGCAGUUCGGUUACGGGCCUUACCAAUAUCGAGGAAGAAAACUGUCAGAGGCCAGGAGACAAUAAUAGCAAGUGGGUGAAGCACUGGGUGAAAGGUGGGUAUUAUUAUUACCACAACCUGGAGACCCAAGAAGGAGGAUGGGACGAACCCCCAAACUUUGUGCAAAAUUCUACACAGCUUUCUCGGGAGGAGAUCCAGAGUUCCAUCUCUGGGGUGACUGCUGCGUAUAACCGAGAGCAGCUGUGGCUGGCCAACGAAGGCCUGAUCACCAAGCUGCAGGCUUGCUGCCGUGGGUACUUGGUUCGACAGGAAUUCCGAUCCAGGAUGAACUUCCUGAAGAAACAAAUCCCCGCCAUCACCUGCAUCCAGUCCCAGUGGCGAGGAUACAAGCAGAAGAAGGCAUAUCAAGACCGUUUGGCUUACCUGCGCUCGCAUAAAGAUGAAGUUGUCAAGAUCCAGUCCCUGGCAAGGAUGCAUCAAGCUAGAAAGCGCUAUAGAGAUCGCCUGCAGUAUUUCCGAGACCACAUAAAUGACAUUAUCAAAAUCCAGGCUUUUAUUCGGGCAAACAAAGCUCGUGAUGACUACAAGACUCUCAUCAAUGCUGAGGAUCCUCCUAUGAUUGUGGUCCGAAAAUUUGUCCACCUGCUGGACCAGAGUGACCAGGAUUUUCAGGAGGAGAUUGAUCUUAUGAAAAUGCGGGAAGAGGUCAUCACCCUCAUUCGUUCCAACCAACAGCUGGAGAAUGACCUCAAUCUCAUGGAUAUCAAAAUCGGACUGCUAGUGAAAAAUAAAAUCACCUUGCAGGAUGUGGUUUCCCACAGUAAAAAACUUACUAAAAAAAAUAAGGAACAGUUAUCUGAUAUGAUGAUGAUAAACAAACAGAAAGGCGGUCUCAAGGCUUUGAGCAAGGAGAAAAGAGAGAAAUUGGAAGCUUAUCAGCAUCUGUUUUAUUUAUUGCAGACCAAUCCCACCUAUCUGGCCAAGCUGAUUUUUCAGAUGCCUCAGAACAAGUCCACCAAGUUCAUGGACUCUGUAAUCUUCACACUCUACAACUAUGCAUCCAACCAGCGAGAGGAGUACCUGCUCCUACGGCUCUUUAAGACAGCGCUCCAGGAGGAAAUCAAGUCAAAGGUAGAUCAGAUUCAGGAGAUCGUGACAGGAAAUCCUACCGUUAUUAAGAUGGUUGUAAGUUUCAACCGUGGCGCCCGGGGCCAGAAUGCACUGCGACAGAUCCUGGCCCCAGUUGUGAAGGAGAUUAUGGACGACAAAUCUCUCAACAUUAAAACCGACCCUGUGGAUAUUUACAAAUCUUGGGUUAAUCAGAUGGAGUCUCAGACAGGAGAGGCAAGCAAACUGCCCUACGAUGUGACCCCCGAGCAAGCUCUGGCCCACGAGGAAGUGAAGACGAGGCUGGACAACUCCAUCAGGAACAUGCGGGCCGUGACGGACAAGUUCCUCUCUGCCAUCAUCAGCUCUGUGGACAAAAUCCCUUACGGGAUGCGCUUCAUCGCCAAAGUGCUGAAGGAUUCGUUGCAUGAGAAGUUCCCUGAUGCUGGUGAGGAUGAGCUGCUGAAGAUCAUUGGCAACUUGCUUUACUAUCGAUACAUGAAUCCAGCCAUUGUCGCUCCUGAUGCAUUUGACAUCAUCGACCUGUCAGCAGGAGGCCAGCUGACCACGGACCAACGCCGGAACCUGGGCUCCAUUGCAAAGAUGCUCCAGCAUGCUGCCUCCAAUAAGAUGUUUCUGGGAGACAAUGCUCACCUAAGCAUCAUUAAUGAGUAUCUGUCCCAGUCCUACCAGAAGUUCAGGCGGUUUUUCCAAACUGCUUGUGAUGUCCCAGAGCUUCAGGAUAAAUUCAAUGUGGAUGAGUACUCCGACUUGGUAACCCUCACCAAACCAGUUAUCUACAUCUCCAUUGGUGAAAUCAUCAACACCCACACUCUCCUGUUAGAUCACCAGGACGCCAUUGCUCCAGAGCACAACGAUCCGAUCCACGAGCUGCUGGACGACCUUGGCGAGGUGCCCACCAUCGAGUCCCUGAUAGGAGAAAGUUCUGGCAAUUUAAACGACCCAAAUAAGGAGGCACUGGCUAAGACAGAAGUGUCUCUCACACUGACCAACAAGUUUGAUGUGCCGGGAGAUGAGAAUGCAGAAGUGGAUGCGCGCACCAUCUUGCUGAACACAAAACGUUUAAUUGUGGAUGUUAUCCGGUUCCAGCCAGGAGAGACCUUGACUGAAAUCCUAGAAACACCAGCCACCAAUGAACAGGAAGCAGAACAUCAGAGGGCCAUGCAGAGACGUGCCAUGCGUGAUGCCAAAACUCCUGACAAGAUGAAAAAGUCAAAGACUGCGAAGGAAGAUAGCAACCUCACUCUUCAGGAGAAGAAACAAAAGAUCCACACAGGUUUGAAGAAGCUAACGGAGCUCGGAACUGUGGACCCAAAGAACAAAUACCAGGAACUGAUCAACGACAUUGCCAGGGACAUUCGGAAUCAGAGGAGAUACCGACAGAGGAGAAAGGCCGAACUGGUGAAAUUACAGCAAACAUUCGCUGCUCUCAACUCUAAGGCCACCUUUUAUGGGGAGCAGGUGGAUUACUACAAAAGCUACAUCAAAACCUGCUUGGAUAACUUAGCCAGCAAGGGCAAGGUCUCCAAAAAGCCUAGGGAAAUGAAAGGAAAGAAAAGCAAGAAGAUUUCUCUGAAAUAUACGGCAGCAAGACUACACGAAAAAGGAGUUCUACUGGAAAUUGAGGACCUGCAAGUGAAUCAGUUUAAAAAUGUUAUCUUUGAAAUCAGUCCAACAGAAGAAGUUGGAGACUUUGAAGUGAAAGCCAAAUUCAUGGGAGUUCAAAUGGAGACCUUUAUGUUACAUUACCAGGACCUGCUGCAGCUGCAAUAUGAAGGCGUCGCAGUCAUGAAAUUAUUUGACAGAGCUAAAGUAAAUGUCAACCUUCUGAUCUUCCUUCUCAACAAGAAGUUCUACGGGAAGUAAUUGAUCCUUUGCGGCCAGCCCAGGAGGAGGAAGGAAAGCAGCGCCCACGGCUGCCUGUCUGGGCUGCUCCUUCACUCCCUGGCAGCAAAGACCCGGCCCGCAACGAUGCCUCAGUCUGAUCCACUCCUGAUGCCACAUUUUUAACUGCUCUCACUCUGACGGGACAUUCGUUGUCCUUUUUCAUAGUGAAAUUUUGUUUCAGGCUUAGUCUGACCUUUCUGGCUCCUUUAUUUUCUUCCAUCACUUAGGAAAGUGUGGAACCUCCACUAAAAUCUCUCUGUUGUUACAGUCUUAGAGGUUGCAUUGCUGUAUUGUAAGCUUUAGUGUUUGUUUGAAUUAGCGGUGGGGAUAGUAGGACUUGAAUUCUUGUUAUUCAGAAGUGGAACUAUUAGCACCAGUAACAUACGUGCAUAUAAGAUACACAACUAAAAUGUCAAGUUAUCAACAGUUACUAGGUUGUCAUUUAAAAGCGAAGUUCCUUUAUAUUUCUGUCCCAUCAGUAAAAUUGAAGUGUGUGGGGGAUCAUUGGUUCUGUUCCAUUCUGUUUUCCUUUAUGGGUAGGAGCUAAUGGAAGUCACUGUUCUAUGUUCAAAGGAAGCAUUUCUAGAAAAAAAGGAGAUCCCGUUUUUAAAUUUCACCAUCAAAUUUCGGCAAUUCCAUUUGUGUAACCCCCUCACCAGUGGAUGAGGGGAUCUCAUUGAUAAAAUUCAGCCAUUUCGGUAAAUUCAGAAUGGGCUGAGGCACCUGCCCAUUCGUAUUGGCGCACAGAGAUUGACUCAGCUCACGGAGACGGUCCGCUCCGUCCGUAUAGCAGAGGAACGGGUUAGCCCUAGCAGAGAAUGUAACUGUUUUUUAAAUUGUUUUACAUCUUGAGUGCCUUAUUAAAGCAUAGAUUUAUUUCUUAAAAUGUGGGUAAUAGGAAUUUUAAAAAUUUAUAUAAUGCUUCAAAAGCCUUUAGAAUACUAAGAGUUUUUUUUUUUAAAUUGGUUUAUCUGUAUAUCUGAACUCUUAAAACUUUUAUAGCUAAAACACUAGGAUUUAUCUACAGGGUUGCAGAGAGAGAAUCCUGCCUUAAAUAGUCUAAAACAACCAAACAAAACCAGCCAACCCACGUUACACUUGAGAUUAAAAUAAACUUUCCCCUGUUUGUUUCUCC